CCGGUUAGACAAUAAGCAUGGCGCCACCAAAGUCAAGGAAAAUUGUCAUAAUGGGCUUUCGUUCUGUUGGUUAGAAUGAUGUUUGGAAUACAACCCCUUGUUUGCGCUGAAUCAUGGAGUGAAAAGCGCGUAUUCUUGUAAUUUUUACGCGGACUUUUUUCAUUUUCAGGGAAGUCGUCAAUUACCAUCCAGUUCGUGGAAGGACAGUUUGUCGAUUCUUAUGAUCCAACGAUUGAAAACAGUAAGUGCUCAUUUCAAUUUUCCUUCAUUCGGGUCGUGUGAUUGCCCUUUUAGGGGAAUUUUCUAGAAAGAAACCCCUGCAGUGAUCUGAGUUUCUAUUUUUGUCAGUACGAAAUUUAAGAUUACUUCUUUUCGUUAUAUUAAGCAUUCACCACGAAGCUAAAGCACAAUAGUCAAGAAUAUGUCUUGGAGCUGGUAGACACGGCGGGACAGGUAAACAUAAUUUUGACGGAUUUUUUGUGGCUUCUUAAUAAAGAUUGAGCGGAUUGAAAAUUGUAAGUGUGUUUGUACAGUCCUUCCAGCUAAUUAAGCUUUGAAAAUAACUAAGUCACUUGUCCGUUCCUGCUGUCUGAUUGUAUUUUGAAACUGUUAUUGUCAAGGUGAAUCAGCAAAAUGUUAUUUUUUAAAUUUUCAUACACAUUGUGCUGUUGAGUUUUUUCAAUGGUGAUGGUUUCAAUUUUGUGUCAAUAAGUUGGCCUUGACCCUGAGAUUUCUUCAAGAAUAAGAAUCUUAAGCUUGCUCUCUGCAAUGAUUUAUUUAUAGUACAUUAACAGUUGUCAAUGUUCAGCUCUUGUUAUUAGCGCCUUCCCUAUAUUUAAAUAUUGGGUACAAGGUUCAUGAUAAAAAAAUAUAUAUUUCAUUUUUGUCAUAACUUUCCCUGACUUUGUACUUUGUACAUAAUUCUUGCCACACACUUUUAGUCUCUGAGAAGGCAGAGAUCCCAAUUCAUUAAUCGGUGGAUUUUGUAGUCUGGGGUUGGAACGAAAUUAAUGUAUAAUAAAAUUAAGUACAGAGGAAUGGAUACUUUAAUUAUUAUUACUUUUUUUAAAAUACUAAAAGAAUGGAAUAAUUGAUUAGUAGGGUGAAGGUUGUAUUAUUGUUUCAAGAUUUUAAUCUAAGACAGACAAACUGUUGUUUAACUUAAACUUUUUUGAUUUACAGUAAUAUAUUCUUUGAUGGUCAUUACCACAAAGGCAUUUGUUUCUGCAUUAAAUCAAAGUGGAAGAAAACUUCACCCAAAAGAAACCAUACAUUAUGGAGUUUAAGCACCUAUGAUGGCAGUGGUAGCAAAAACAUCACUUGAAAAAUUAGUUCAUGCAACUUUAAACUUCAUCUUUAUUGCUUCACCUGAUCCCUGAAUUUGUUGAAUGUCGGCAAAUUUUCUAAAGGACUGUAGCUUAGUUUAGAAAGGGUAAAAGAAAAUAAUUUUUGUCUUGUAAGUUCCACAUCUGCCAUAAAACAUGAAAAUGGGAAGUUUCACAUCAUAGUUGUGAAAAAAAACUGUGAAGCAACAAGUUGUUGUGUUGCUGAUUAAACCUAUAGAGUUCUAAAGUGUGACAUCAUAAAAAUGAAACUUCUGAAAUUAUGGGAUUUGUCAGGAUAUUUUGAAAGAACAAUGUCCAAGAGACCUACUUGCCAAAAAUGAGCAUUUGGGGGCAAAUUGUCUCUGAGAUCGCAGCCCAGUUAUGCUUAGAAAACUCUAUACAAACCGUUCUAAAUUUUUUUCGGUCGACCCCCCAAGAAAUUAGAAGGGUUUGUAUGGAGUUUUCUGAGUAUAACUGGGCUACGAUCUCAGAGACAGUUUGCCCCAUAAUGCUCAUUUUUGGCAAGUAGGCCUCUUGGACAUUGUUCUUUCAGAAUAUCCUGACAAAUCCCAUAAUUUCAGAAAAUUCAUUUUUAUAGCGUCAUCACUUUAGUACUCUAUUGCUAUUUUGAUCUAAAAAGGUUUGAGUUGUCAGGAGAUUGAGUAGUAAACUGGAAGAUUGGAACUAUUAAUGGCUACAGUUAGGCCCAUCCACACAAAUCCAGAUAUUCUUGAAACUGCAUAUCUUAACUUUUUAAACAAAUCAGCUUUUCGUCCACACAAAACUAGUGAAUCUGCUCACCGAAAUAGCAUCUUUUUUAAACUGCUCCCCAGAGUGGUUUAUAAACCCAUCCACACAAAUCCAGAUGAACAAAUAUGUGGUUUCAAAAAUGUCAGGAUUUGUGAAGAUGAGACCUUAGUGAAAAACUCUCUGAAAUGUAAAUUAUUGUAAUGUUUGAUACCCUUUUUUUAUCUUCAGGAUGAAUACUCAAUCUUUCCUCAGUCAUAUUCAGUUGGAAUACAUGGUUAUGUACUUGUGUAUGCAGUGACAUCUGCAAAAAGGUAGCAUCAGCAUUCAUGAGCAGCUGUUAAGUCAUGUAUAGUGGUUAUUUGAGUUGGAGGAUCUUUGCCCAAAUUGUUAUUGCCAUCAAGCAUCAUAAUAGUAAUUUAAAUGAAUCAAACUUAAAUAGGCUGGCCUGUGUAGAAUGACGUGUGGUUCUUCAGGAUGGCCAGAGAGCCAAACCAGCACCAGCAAAGUGUUUCGCACACUGCUCAUAUGUACCCUCUUUGAACAUGUAGCUGCAGACUGCAUUGCUUCAUUUACUAGCUGCAAAAGAGUCACCUCAGCCAACUGAGGCAGCCUGUUAAACUGGGCCAGCCUGGUGUAUGUUAUGAUCCCCCAAACUACAUAGAUGAUUUAUAUAUUACCAUAAAUUAAAUUCAGUUAUUAUUCAAGAGGGCUCAAUAAAUCAUUUAUUUCUUUUUUAUAUUAUUUUUACGUUUUUAUUUUUUUUUGUCUGUAGCUUUGAAGUUGUAAAAGUUAUUCAUGAAAAAUUGCUGGACAUGUCAGGCCAAAAUUAGUAAGUAUUUCCAUAUUAUAUUUUUUAAGGGAACAUUUUUUGUAAAAUGUACAGUAUUUCCAAAUCAACAUUAUUACCAGAUGUUUUAGAUCAAACACAAAUACAUUAUUGUAUUCACAAAUUAAUAAUAAUGCAACUUACAAUAUUAUAAUAUGUACACAUCUGUUCAGUGGAGUUUACAUCAUGUCAUCUGCAAAAAAUUGUUUGUUUUGCUUAGAAAAUAACUCUUCUUUGCUAUUCACGACGUUUCAUUUAAGUAAAAAAGUAAAUUUUUUAGUUGCUAACUAAGCUACUAGGCUUGCAGGGCAAGACUAGUGCAAUACUUUUGGUAGCCAUAAUUUGACGAAUAUACCUAAUUCAAUGAAGGUUCAAUGCUUUGGCAAUUGGUCAUCGGCAAUUGGGCUUUAGGCAAUUUGGGCAUACAGAACAAUGUAAUGAUUUUCUUGAAUGACCACCAAACAAUAGAUUUCCAGUGCGCAAUUUCCAGUGCCUAAAGCAACCUGUAUUAAAUCAGCAAUAUACAAGUAAUGUGUAGAAAAACAUUUUUUGUAAAUUCAAUUUACAGCUUUCCAUGUAGAAGUCAAAUGUCUUUAUAUUAAUAACACUAGCUUGCCUGGAGUCUCUAUAACACCACUUUUUUUCGUAGUGUGCCAAUGGUUCUUGUAGGAAACAAAACAGAUCUACACUUGGAGAGGUAAACACUUCAAAACCCAAUGUUAUUUUUCUUUUUGUUUUGGGAAGGGACAAUUAUUAUUGUAGGAAGGGCUGUGGGCACCGAAAUCACUGUGUAUUUAGUUUGUUAUCUGAAAAUCUUGCUCAGGCGCGAUCUGCCACCCCCCUUCCCCUCCCCCCCCCCCUCCCCAUCCCCCCUUCUUGAGGCCCCCAACCCUUACCAAUGAUAGUAACCUUUAGCCUUGAAUUCUGCCUCUCUCUCUGUCUUUUCGGGGAGGAGUGCGGGCUCAUUUCCCGAACAGCCACUGGUAAUGGAGCCUAUAAAGUAACCUUGUGCUUUGUGAUGGUAUACAGUGUACAUGCACUCAGGGUUAUUCAGACUAAAAAAAGCUGAAAUAAUGAUCUGGCAGUUAAAGUUUAUUUGACCUUUAUGACUCUGGUACUUCCAUUUUAGGGUUGUUACUUACAAAACAGGAAAAUCACUGGCUGACUCUUGGAAAGCAGCAUUCUUUGAAUCAUCUGCCAAGGAAAAUAGUGUAAGUGAACUUGGACACAUCCUGUUUCUGUUACCCAAGAGUUGACAUUUAGACAGCAAUCACUUACUGACCACUCUCCAUGCCAUUAUGUACAAUUUUUUACCAUUAGUUCAAGUUUUAUUUGCCUUAUUUCACUGUAUGAUAAUCAAUAAGAAAUAAAUGGAGAUACAAAAUAAUGUAAGCAUAUUUCCCAUUAAUAAUGAAGACUCAGCGUUACACUUGUCAACAUUUCAUGUAAAUUGCUUGGCAAAAUUCACUGAAAAAGUGGGUACGUGUCAAUUGCCUGUGGAUUUAGAUACCUGUAUGUUAUGUGAUGUACUUAACUUUGUGUUUCUUUUUUUCUUCUUUUUUUUUUAUACAGAGUGUGCAAGAAAUUUUCCAGACCCUUAUAAAAGAAAUAGAAAAUCAUGAUCAAGAUGGAAAUGUAGACAAAAAGGAGGAUUGUACAAUAUUAUGACAUGCAUGCAUGUUUUAUGCCAGCAAGGAGAUUGCCAAAUCUAUUUUGUGAUACAGCUUUCUUCAUUCCACUCUCUUUAUUCGUUAGAGACACUUUUGUGCUACAUAAUCAGUUUAGACAGCCAUAUAUGCUAUUACCACAGAACCCGUUUUUGGUUCUCUUUAGAUUCGACAUCUGAUCAAUGAAUUCUCUCAAACUUCUCAAAAGAUGUUUUCCUAAUAUAUGACCUAUCAGAGUGUACAGGAAUUCACUUCUGGCCCCCUUGAACUCCCAUUGUUUCAAGAACAUUUUUAUAUCUCUAGAGUUUCCCAGUAAUGGGUGUACUGUACAUUGUAAUUUUUGAUAAUGGGCUUAUGCAAUCAAGAUUAAAGUCAAGAAAAACGAUUCCUUGGGGAGAACUGCAAGAUCGCACAAGUCAAAUUUAUGGUCAUAGCAUACCCAGAUCUCCCUCAGCAUCAAAGACAAGAAGUGAGCUUUACAUGAAACUCAUGUAAAGCAAUCCUCCUGAAUUAAACUCUAGAGCAGUUCAACAUAAUGUAAAGGGAAUUUUACAGCAAGAGCCUCCCUUGUAAUAAUUUUUUAAUUUUUUAAUGUGUGAUAACACUAAAAAGGCUGCAAAGAAGACUAGCACUUCAACCUUUGAUUAAGCGAAGAUAUUGUAAGAAGAAAGUAGUUGUUUGUUCUCUUUAGGGCUUAAAAAUAAUGGUCAGUGGUUAAGCAAUGCAAGAUUUUUCUCUGAAAAGAGUCUUUUUUAGUCCAUCUGUCAGAAGUGGCAUGCCACGUUUUGCUGUUUGUACUGUGGUUGUGAGUGUUGGUUGGAGGAACUAAAAUUUGAGAUUUUUAUGUGCAUUACCAAAACCAGAGAGGGUAACCCUAAACUCUACCCUGGUCCGAGAGGUUUCUCUUGAAAUUUUUCUUUGUGAAAGAGUGAGAGCAAUAUAAAACCUCUGGAAUCAGGGUAAACAGACUCCCACUUGGUUGAGAAAUCUCCAUAACCGCUCCCACCAGCCCAUCUGUAGUGCACAAAAUAUUCACAGCCUUUCAUGUGUACUUUAGUCAACCAAACAGGGCUUCCCCAAAAAGAACAAAAAUUCCCCCACUAAGCCCUAAUUAAAAAUAGUUCACCCACGUAAACAAAGAACAAAAGCGGGCCCAAACAGGAACCCUCUCUACUGCUAAUGACUAAGGGUGGGAAGACCUUUGGUCCUGUACAUUCUCUACCCCAGUUUUUAUGAUUGAACCCUGGAAUUGAGAUUUGGACCCAUGAGGACUUAAGGCUCUUGAGUCAGCAAUGGAUGGUAGACUGACCUAACAUCAAUUUUGUCAAAAAAAUCAAUGCACAUUUAAGAGAGAAGGUUCUAAGAAUUAAGAAAAUGAUCAAGAGAGAAAAAAGCCGCAAUCUCUUAUCAGAUUCUCUCAACUUUUUCUUCAAGGAAAAGUGAGGGGAUAAUUCUGGAGUUACAGUUGAUAAGAAGAUAUGUGGUGGGACAUUUGCUGAGCCUCUAACUUUUCAGUUACUUUGGAGAGAAAAUGUGAAGUCACUAUCUGGGUAUUAGCCUGAAUUUCAUCCAAUUACUUUGAGUUGUUAUUACUCCCUCCCUCCCUUACUCCCUGCCGAGAGGAGAAAAUGACUUGAAGCAAUCAGAUGAAAUUCAGGUUAUCUGGAUACUGGCCAGUCUAUAUCAAGAAGUUAACCCUUUUCAGCCCUAAUAUCAAUGCUUUGUAAAAGAGCAUGGUCAUGAGACUUCUCCCCACUACUUCUGUAGGAAAUCAAUAGGAGCAACAAAUGGG